GCCGCAAAGUUUUUCUGGAGAAGUCGGGGUUUUUUUGCCGAGCGCUUUUGCCGACUGCUAGAGCUUACCCUUACUUUCUUAACCUGGGGUUGUUUUACGUCCGGGCUUUUUGAACUCUACACUCUCCUACAUUCUAGGAGCUGGGUGGGAGUAGGAGACGGUGUGCCUCCGCGCUCCCCGCGGGGCAGCCGAACCCCGGAGGAAGGGGCGGAUCGGGCGCGGUGUUUGGGGCGCAGCUGGGCGCGCGGCGCUCGAAGCACUCACUCGGCGGGUUUCGUGGUUGGUGGAGACAGCAAGGGCGCCCCGCAGACCGCACCCCUCGAGCUAUAGGUUCGCAGGCCCGACUCGACGGCGUCCCUAUUGCUGGCCCAGCGUAUGGUCAUUGGGGGCCAUUUCUUGCAGAGAUGCCCUGCUCCCUGACGCGCUCGCUCUUCUCCAGAGUUGGCCAAAGAUAUCAUCUCUUCUUUUGAUCACUGUUCCUGAUUGUGACAUUGUGCAAGUGUUAAAUUGUGUGCCUUUUGUUCCUGAAGAAAGAGGUCCUGGGAUCUUUGAAAUGCUAAGAUUCUUGGAUACCACAGUAUCAUAAAAUUCCUCUAAAUGCAUUGGUGCUAGCAAUCCCCUACUCUGUCUGGCCUCUGGAUCUAGCUUGAAGUUCUGGAUUCAUUUCCUUCUUCCUUGUACCUCAGCCUGAGCCUUCUGUCACCCAAAGGGCUCCAGCUGGUUUUUCACUCAGGCCUCACUUUAUCUUCCAAGAUGAAGGAACUGAGACACAGAGGUUGAGACUUGUCUAAAGUAACAUGACCAAUGAGGAAACUGAGGUCCAGAGAAGUUGAAGUUUUCCCAAGGUCACACAGCAGAGCUGGAACUAGAGCUUGCAUUUCCUGACUUCCAAAUUAGUGUUAUUUUUACUUCAAACUAUUACUUCUUGGUGAGUUAUUGUGGGAAAAAUCCUGUAUAUUGAAGAUGUCUCUACACAGUAUCGUUUCCUGUUUAAAUUACAGAUAACUUCAAGAGUUUUCAGAAAAAAAGAAAUUGGGACUUUUUUGGUUAAAUCAUGCCAUCUGAACAGAAACGGUUAUUUUGUGAUGAAAAACAAACUACUUUAAAAAAAGAUUAUGAUGUGAAAAAUGAGAUAGUUGAUAGGUCGGCACCUAAACCAAAAAUUUCAGAAAGUAUUCAUUAUGAACUAAAAAAUGUGAAAAUUGAUUUGCCAAAAAUAAAUAUUCCAAAUGAAGUCCUAUUGAAACAUGAAGUUGACAAAUACAGAAAAUUAUUUCAGAGUAAACAGCAGACUGCAAGAAAAUCUAUCAGUAUAAAGACUGUAAGCUGUGUAGAGGAGUGUACAUUGCUUCAUAAGUCUGAGAGAGCUGAAGAAGAGGGUGUAAAAAUGUCUGCAAAAAUACUCAAUUUCAGCUGUUUAAAAUGCCGAGACAACACUCGAUAUAGCCCAAAUGAUUUGCAGAAACACUUUCAAAUGUGGCACCAUGGCGAAUUACCUUCAUAUCCUUGUGAAAUGUGCAACUUUUCAGCAAAUGACUUUCAGGUAUUUAAACAACACAGACGAACCCAUAGAAGCACUUUAGUAAAAUGUGACAUUUGUAACAAUGAGAGUGUAUAUACUUUACUGAACUUGACAAAGCAUUUCACAUCCACACAUUGUGUUAAUGGUAAUUUUCAAUGUGAAAAGUGUAAGUUCUCCACCCAGGAUGUUGGCACAUUUGUUCAGCACAUUCAUAGACAUAAUGAAAUUCAUUAUAAGUGUGGUAAAUGUCAUCAUGUAUGUUUUACCAAAGGAGAGCUUCAGAAGCACCUUCAUAUUCAUUCUGGUACUUUUCCCUUCACUUGUCAAUAUUGUAGCUAUGGUGCCACCAGGAGAGAACACCUUGUAAGACAUGUUAUAACUUUGCACAAAGAACAUUUAUAUGCAAAAGAAAAACUGGAAAAAGACAAAUAUGAAAAAAGAAUGGCAAAGACUUCUGCAGGACUUAAGCUAAUACUGAAAAGAUAUAAAAUAGGUGCAUCAAGGAAGACGUUCUGGAAACGUAAGAAAAUUAACAGUGGAAGUGACAGAAGUAUAGAAAAGAACACUCAAGUGCUUAAGAAAAUGAACAAAACACAGACUAAAUCUGAAGACCAGAGCCAUGUUGUUCAAGAGCAUUUAAGUGAAGAAAAGGAUGAAAGACUACACUGUGAGAAUAAUGAUAAAGCCCCUGAAUCAGAGUCAGAGAAGCCAACUCCUCUGUCCACUGGGCAAGGUAAUAGAGCUGAAGAGGGACCAAACGCUAGUUCAGGUUUCAUGAAGACUGCUGUACUAGGACCUACAAUGAAAAAUGUAAUGAUGAAAAAUAAUAAACUAGCAGUUUCCCCUAACUAUAAUGCUAAGUUUAUGGGCUUCAAGAUGAUGGAUGGAAAACAGCAUAUUGUAUUAAAAUUGGUGCCUAUCAAACAAAAUGUAUGUUCACCAGGCUCACAGUCAGGUGCUGCAAAGGACAGUACUGCUAAUUUGCAGCCCCAGACUUUGGACACUAAUGGAUUUUUAACAGGAGUAACAACUGAGUUAAAUGACACAGUUUAUAUGAAAGCAGCUACUCCAUUUUCAUGUUCAUCUUCUAUACUUUCAGGGAAAGCAAGUUCAGAAAAAGAAAUGACUUUGAUAUCUCAAAGGAAUAAUAUGGUUCAAACAAUGGAUUAUGAGAAAAGUGUAUCUUCUUUGUCAGCAACAUCAGAAUUGGUUACAGCAUCAGUGAAUUUGACCACAAAAUUUGAAACAAGAGAUAAUGUUGACUUCUGGGGAAAUCAUCCCACUCAGAGUCACCCCGAGGUAUUAGGUACCACCAUUAAAAGUCCAGAUAAAGUCAACUGUGUUGCCAAACCAAAUGCAUACAACAGUGGAGAUAUGCAUAAUUAUUGCAUUAAUUAUGGCAACUCUGAGUUACCUGUUGAAUCCUCCAACCAAGGAUCAUUACCUUUUCAUAAUUACUCAAAAGUGAAUAAUUCUAAUAAACGUCGUAGGUUUUCAGGAACAGCAGUGUAUGAAAACCCUCAAAGAGAAUCUUCAUCCAGCAAAACAGUUGUCCAACAACCAAUUAGUGAAUCAUUUUUAUCACUAGUGAGGCAGGAGAGCUCAAAACCAGAUAGCCUGUUAGCAUCUAUUAGCCUUUUAAAUGAUAAAGAUGGAACUUUAAAAGCAAAAUCUGAAAUUGAAGAACAGUAUGUUUUAGAAAAAGGACAAAACAUUGAUGGACAAAACCUGUACAGUAAUGAAAAUCAAAAUUUAGAGUGUGCGACUGAAAAAUCUAAAUGGGAAGACUUUUCUAAUGUCGAUUCACCUAUGAUGCCUAGAAUCACAUCUGUUUUCUCUCUCCAGAGCCAACAGGCAUCAGAAUUUCUGCCACCUGAAGUAAACCAAUUGCUUCAGGAUGUAUUGAAAAUAAAACCUGAUGUAAAACAAGACUCUAGUAACACUCCAAAUAAAGGCUUGCCACUUCAUUGUGACCAGUCAUUUCAAAAACACGAGAGAGAAGGCAAAAUUGUUGAAUCUUCGAAAGAUUUCAAAGUGCAAGGCAUCUUCCCAGUUCCACCUGGCAGUGUGGGUAUUAAUGUGCCUACAAAUGAUUUGAAUUUGAAAUUUGGUAAAGAAAAACAAGUGUCAUCAAUACCACAAGAUGUGAGAGAUUCAGAGAAGAUGCCUAGAAUUUCAGGUUUUGGCACAUUACUUAAGACUCAGUCAGAUGCGAUAAUAACACAGCAGCUUGUAAAAGACAAACUACGAGCCACCACACAAAAUUUAGGUUCUUUUUAUAUGCAGAGUCCACUUUUAAAUUCAGAACAAAAAAAAACUAUAAUUGUUCAGACUUCAAAAGGAUUCUUAAUACCAUUGAACAUUGCUAACAAGCCUGGGCUACCGGUUAUUCCUGGAAAUGCACUUCCAUUGGUUAAUUCACAAGGUAUCCCUGCUUCUCUUUUUGUAAACAAGAAACCUGGGAUGAUUUUAACACUUAAUAAUGGGAAACUUGAAGGUGUUUCCGCUGUUAAAGCCGAGGGUGCCCCAGCUUGUGGAACUGUGACUAAGGAGCCUUGCAAAACACCUAUUUUGAAGGUAGAACCAAACAAUAAUUGUCUUACACCUGGACUUUGUUCCAGCAUUGGCAGUUGUUUGAGCAUGAAAAGUAGCUCAGAAAAUGCUUUGCCAUUAAAAGGCCCUUACAUUUUGAAACCAACGAGUUCUGUGAAAGCUGUUCUUAUUCCUAACAUGCUAUCUGAGCAACAGAGCACUAAGUUGAAUAUCUCCGAUUCAGUAAAACAGCAGAAUGAGAUUUUUCCAAAACCACCUCUUUAUACCUUCUUGCCUGAUGGCAAACAAGCUGUUUUUUUAAAGUGUGUGAUGCCAAAUAAAACUGAGCUGCUUAAGCCCAAAUUAGUCCAAAAUAGUACUUAUCAAAAUAUACAGCCAAAGAAACCUGAAGGAACACCACAAAGAAUAUUGCUGAAAAUUUUUAACCCUGUUUUAAAUGUGACUGCUGCUAAUAAUCUGUCAGUAAGCAACUCUGCAUCCUCAUUGCAAAAAGACAACAUACCAUCUAAUCAGAUUAUAGGAGGAGAGCAGAAAGAGCCAGAAUCUUCUAGAGAUGCCUUACCCUUCUUACUAGAUGACUUAAUGCCAGCAAAUGAAAUUGUGAUAACUUCUACUGCAACAUGCCCAGAAUCUUCUGAGGAACCAAUAUGUGUCAGUGACUGUUCAGAGUCCAGGGUAUUAAGGUGUAAAACAAAUUGUACAAUUGAGAGGAACUUCAAUAGAAAAAAGACUUCCAAAAAAAUUUUUUCAAAAACAAAAACUCAUGGAAGUAAAGACUCUGAAACUGCCUUUGUAUCUAGAAACAGAAACUGUAAACGAAAGUGUAGGGAUAGUUACCAAGAACCUCCAAGAAGAAAAGCAACAUUGCAUAGAAAGUGUAAAGAAAAGGCAAAACCUGAAGAUGUCCGUGAAACAUUUGGAUUUAGCAGACCUAGGCUUUCAAAAGAUUCCAUCAGAACUUUGCGGCUUUUCCCUUUUAGUUCUAAACAGCUUGUGAAAUGUCCUAGGAGAAACCAACCAGUUGUAGUUUUGAAUCAUCCUGACGCAGAUGCACCAGAAGUAGUAAGUGUAAUGAAAACUAUUGCUAAAUUUAAUGGACAUGUACUUAAGGUUUCAUUGUCAAAAAGAACUAUAAAUGCUUUACUGAAACCAGUUUGUUAUAACCCUCCUAAAACAACUUAUGAUGAUUUUUCCAAGAGGCACAAAACAUUUAAACCUGUUAGUUCUGUGAAAGAAAGAUUUGUGCUAAAAUUAACACUCAAAAAGACAAGCAAAAACAAUUACCAGAUUGUGAAGACUACCUCUGAAAAUAUUUUGAAGGCUAAAUUUAACUGUUGGUUUUGUGGUAGAGUAUUUGACAAUCAGGAUACUUGGGCUGGUCAUGGGCAGAGACAUUUAAUGGAAGCUACUCGGGAUUGGAACAUGUUAGAAUAGUUUACCAUAAUUACCAAGGAAAAGAAAAGUAAAAUUACCUUAGAAGAAAACAAUGGGUUCAAUUACCAUAAUGCAGACAUUUUCUACUUCAGUAUAGUACCUGAAAUCGAACAUUUUAAAAGUUGAUUGUAUUUCUGUGGAAGAGUAAAAGUUGUAUGUAUGAUAUUUGAAAAUGCUAUCCCUGCACUCAAAAGUUUUGAAAGAAACUAAUCACAGCACAGAAGUACCUUGAUUUAAUUUUUUAAACAUGUGUUCUCGGGAAGUUAGGGCUAAAGAAAAUUUUGAUAAAACAAUUUUCCCACUUUAGUUCUUUAGUGACUCUUAGUAGAGGGUAAUGGCUGACACCCCCAUUCCCUCUCUUCUUCCACCAGCCUUAUGCAUCUAAGUGUAGCUCCUCUGGCGAUGGAGAGCUCUUUCAUCAUAGAACUGAAGGAGUUUCUCACAUUUGUGAAGAUACUUUGAGAGAACCUGGGUAAAGAAGUCACUCUAUAUCUGCUAAAUAUAGUUAUUUUGAAGGAUAUUAGGCUCCUUGAAAGUACAUUUAACUCACUACAGUUACACCUCAUACAAUGCUUGAAGAGUUUUUGGCAAGUAAAUUUUUUUUUCCAGUUGAACUCUCACUUGUUAGAGAUUGGGAACACUCUCCCAAGGUGAUUUUCUUUUGCUGAGUGACUGUGUCAAACGUUGCAGUAGAUGGGCAGCUUCAAGAGAAGAAUUUAAACUCUUUGUCUCAUUGAAAGUUUGGUUAAAGAACUUGAACAUAUUUCUAAAUUUGAUUAUAUUAUCUGAUGAUCCCCUUGCACAGAACUAUGCUUAUCUCAUUUGUUUGUCCUCCAUAAACAAAUGGCCAUUUUUUUCUUCUUGGUUCCCAUCCCUUUAAAAAGAAUGGAACAUAGGAGCACUUCCAAGGGAGUGGCUUUUCUUGAAAGUUAAAAUUUUUUACCAAAACAGUAUUUUGAAGCAAGAUCAUAUUUUUGUCUGUAUUCACUUUAUUAUUUGAACAUGUCCAAAUUAGGACAAAGCAUUUCUGUUAGCUGCUUCUCAGUGUGACUGACAACCCAAAACAUAUAUACAGAUUGUUGGCAUUUGAAAAAGGAAGCAUCAAUAGUGGACCCAGAGGCAGUGCAUAAAACCUUAGGAUAGAUUCCGAUUCCUAAGGGACAUGCCCAACAGAGUUUUAAAAUGGAUGUUUUCAUGAUGACAACAGAAUCAUAGAUUUAGAUUUUUCACCUUGUAAGUUUGGAUCAAAUUUUGCUGGAUCUUUGGAUAAUGGAGUUCUUGUGUUAAAAAAUUACGUGCUAUAUGAUUUUUUGUUACAUUGUUACAAGUGUUAAUGACAUUUUCAUUAAUGGACGAAAACUUCAGGGCUUCUUUUCUGUAUAUAACAAAUUAAGUCUGUACAUAUUUUUGUACCUUUUAUGUAAAUUUUGCACAGAAAUUUUUGGCAUAAGUUUAUUUUCUUUCAGUUUAGUUCAGUGCAUGCACUAAUAAAACUGGUUGUUUAAUUUAAAAGGAAUAUAUAAGACUUUACCCAUGUUAUUUUCUUGGUUUUUAUUUCAGAUGUAGAUUUUGUUUUUGAGGUAAAUUCGUUCUUCAGGGAUUGAACACUAUUGUUAGCAAGUGCCUAAAAAAGAUGUGAAACAGUUUACAUAUGUCAACUGUAACAGUAGGUCCCAAAUGGGCCCAUUCCCCUAAUAGUUUUAUUUUAAAAAAAGCCAUACAUAGAAUGCUUCAAGCUAUCUUGCUAUGCACAUUAUACUUGUACUGUUUUGUGCAGUUUGUCUACUUUCUUAGUGAAGUAUUUUUUGUAUAAAAUGUUACAAUUGUGUUUCUUAAAUUGAGCCUAAGAAUGGAGUUAAUUGGAAAUAUACAGUAUAUAUUAAUAAUGUAUAUGGUGUUUAAAGAAUGGUAAGCAUUGUUAAUUUCUGUAAUGAACAUUUUCAAUUAAAUUUAUCUUGUUUGUGUUUACACAAUAAUUUUUUUACUGUGCUAAAA